AUGGACCGACGCUCCAGGAUGAAAGAAGCCAUGGCGGAAGGCCUUAAAGAAGCCAGAGCGUGGGUCCAGAACCGGCCAGAAGUCAUAAAAGCAGGCUGCCUCGCCUUAGCUCUCUCGCUCUUAUUCAUAAUAUACGCUCCGGCGUUCUUCUUCGGGUUGCUCGUCGGUGCCUCCUCCGUGAUCGGCGGCGAGGUCCUUCUCCUGAAGCAUCUCUGGAGAAAGAUUCGUCCUCCGAAGAAGGAAGGUUCGGAAGCGGGGAAUGCGCCUGCGCCGGAUCCUAGCGUGGCGUGGGUCUCCCUCAGGCCAUGCGAGGCGGACGAGGGCAAGACGGGUUCAGGCAAGCUGCGCAAGAACGUGAAGCUGUUCGCGCCGCUGCUGCGCCUCGCGAGUCUGGAGGUGGAGGAGCGGGUGCUGGCGCUGGCGGGCAGCAGCCAGGGCGAGUCAGAAACAAUCUUGCUGGAUGGGUGCGACGUUAAGAGCUUCUCAGAGACCAGCGGGCCGGAGAAACGCUGGGCUCGCAAGUUCCCCAUUCGCAUCAGCCACCCGUCCCGCGUUCUCUUUCAAAACGCCAGGGAGUUUUUCAUCUACUUCCCCAAUGGCCGUGUGAAGCAAGCUUGGUGCCGAGCCUUGCGUGCCGCAGCCUUCCCCGAAUCAGAAGACACCCUCUGGCAGGUUCAAGUCUCCCAAGCCUACGCUGUCUACCUCGGGAAGAUCCGAGCCUCGCGCCCGGACCUCUGUCCCUAUCUACAGAGUCAGAUGCGGCUACUCCCGCAGGCGGUGGCUUUGGUGGAGCAAGCAGCAUCGGGGGCAGCAACAGCAUUGGCAGAGGCUGCAGCAGCCGUCGCAGCUAUUGAAAUGGCCCACAGGGCAACCAUGCACCAUGGCGCGUAUCGGCAGGUGGACGGGCAGGUGGGCGAGUUUAGUGGCAUUGGCAUUGCGUCAGGUCCUAAUGGUAGACCGUACCCUAGUGACCUGAGUGUCAUACUUUCUGGCGAGCCCACUUGCCCUCCCGCUGCUCCUCUUGGCAGCGCUGCUGCUUCAGAUGACGCUGUUGCCACUGAUGCUACCUCUGCGGCUGCCGCUGCAGCUGCGGGUGCGGCUGCCGCUGCAGCUGCGGGUGCGGCUGCUGGUGCAGGUGCUACUGGUGGUGCAAGUGGUCCUGGUAAUCCUGGUGAGAGUGGUGGUGGUGGUGGCGGUGGUGGUGGGGGUGUGGGUGGAGGCAGCAGUGGGGAGCCAGAGGGGGCGGUGCAGUGGGCGAAUGCGCUGCUGUGCAGACUCUACUUUGACCUUUCUCAGGAGGACGCGCUCAGCAAGAAGCUCCAGGCCAAGUUCUCGGAGAAGCUAUCGCUAGUCAUAACGCCAUCCAUCAUGGGUCCCAUCUCCUGCACCAAGCUGUCUGUCCUGCAUCUCAGAGCCUCAUAUUCACCAUGUCCCCCUCCCCCGUGUCUCCAGGAGAAGCUGUCACUAGUCAUCACACCGUCCAUCAUGGGUCCCAUCUCCUGCACCAAGCUGUCGCUCGGCCCCAUCCCUCCUCUCAUUCGCUCCAUGCGCACAGUCAACCUCGCCAUGCCAGGGGGCGACCUUGCACUGGAUGUCGAUCUGGAGUUCAAGGGAGCAGCUGCUAUGAACCCGUCUUUCAUGUGCCUCAUGCCGUUUUCCCUCGUUCCUUUGUUUCCCACCCUUGCAUCUCUCGUCCCCUCCCUACCAGGGGGCGACCUUGCACUGGAUGUCGAUCUGGAGUUCAAGGGAGCAGCCACCAUGACGAUAGAGACCAGCAUUGACAUGCGAGAAACGCAGUUCCUCAAAAUGUGGGAAGAGCGAGACCUUUCCCGGGCAGAAAAAGAGUCUGAGAGGAGGGCGGAGUAUUCUGGGCAGGUGGAAAACACACCGUUGACUGCAGGCUCGGAACCGGCCCUUUCUGACGGUUCGGCAGCUGCCGGGGGAGGCUCGGAUGGAGUAGGCUCGGCCGGACCUGGAGCCGGACCUGAGCGGCUGGUUCGGCGAGGAUCGGGCAUGGGAGAGGCACUGAUGAGUGAGGAGACUGCUGCUGCUCUGGUGGGGGAUAUGGAGGUGGCUGAAGAUGUGACUGUUGAGGGCGCUGCUACAGCCCCUGCUACUACCCUGGCCAAGAGCACGCCGACCAAGGGAGGCAGGAAGAGGAAUAUCAUUCGAGGGGUGCGGGGCAUGGUCAGCAACAUGGCCAACAGCCUCUCACAGGUGAGCCUAAGCAUCCCCCAUGUGAGCCUCCCCCAUGUGAGCCUCCCCCAUGUGAGCCUCCCUCAUGUGAGCCUCCCCCAUGUGAGCCUCCCCCAUGUGAACCUCCCCCAUGUGAACCUCCCCCAUGUGAACCUCCCCCAGGUGGUAUGCCUCCCCCAUGUGAGCCUCCCCCUGCCUCCCCCAGUUGAACCUGUCCAAGGUGAGCUUAACCAGUUUAACCUCUCCCAGGCACGCAUGCUCGGUAACGUGGCCAACAGCCUCUCCCAGGUAAGCCUCCCCUGGGUAAGCCUACCCCAGGUAAGCCUAUCCCAGGUUCCCCUCACUCUUUCCUUCAAUAUCACAUCUGUUAAAGGAACUCUGCGCAUCCGGGUACCCGCCCCGCCCUCCGACCGCCUCUGGAUGUCGUUCGUUGAGAUGCCCGAGAUCGAGAUGCAAUCCAUGCCGUCCAUUGGCGACCUCAAGCUCAAGCGCUACCCCAUGGCCACUCUCCUGAUUGAGAAGCUCAAGGCACUGAUCAAGCGGUCACUCACUGGUGCAGCCCAGCUGUGUGGACGCCAAGCUCCGCGUCAUGCUCUCAAACCCCCACGACUGGCACUGAUCAAGCGUUCUCUGGUGCAACGCAGCUGUGUGGACGCCAAGCUCCCCUUCAUGCUCUCCCACCCCCACGACUGCUGUGUGGACGCCAAGCUCCCCUUCAUGCUCUCCCACCCCCACGACUGGUGA